GCGCGAGAGAGGAGAGAGAGAGGUGGAAAUAAAGAUUAUUUCAACGAUGGAACUUACAAUGGAAAACAUUGGAAAUCUGCACGGCGUAUCUCACUCUCAUCAAACGGGUGACUUAAUGAACUCUCCGCACCACGCACGGCAGUCCUUGGCGUCGCAUCGGAACUUGGUGUCACACGGACGUUCAGCCAUGGUGUCCAGUAUGGCCUCAAUAUUAGAUGGAUCUGGGGAGUAUCGCACAGACCAUGCAUUGUCCGGUCCCUUGCACCCCGCAAUGACCAUGUCCUGCGACUCCGGGAUGACCAUGAGUAGCACUUACACUACGCUGACGCCGCUGCAGCACCUGCCUCCCAUAUCCACCGUCUCGGAUAAAUUUCACCACCAUCCCCACCCGCACGCCCACCACCACCCGGCGCACCAGCGACUCGGCGCCGGCAACGUCAGUGGCAGUUUCACCCUGAUGCGGGACGACAGGAGCCUUGCCUCGAUGGGCAAUCUCUAUGGCCACUACCCUAAAGACAUGUCCGGCAUGUGCCAGUCGCUGUCCCCUCUCUCCAACGGCCUCGGGUCUUUGCACAACUCUCAGCAGACUCUUUGCGCUUAUGGUCCUGGCGCCCACCUCUCCAACGACAAAAUGCUCUCGUCCGGAGGCUUCGAGUCUCACGCAGCGAUGCUGUCCCGGAGCGAGGACCACCUGAGCCGGGGAUUGGGGGGGCACGGGCCCGGGAUCAUGUCAUCCCUGAACGUUAUGCCCCAUCACAGCCAUCCGCACUCUCAGGCUAACGGGUCCAUGCUCUCUGAUCGGGAGAGGCAGACGGCGGGGGGCGGGCAGGGAGGUGGUUCGGGGCAGGUGGAAGAAAUAAACACCAAGGAGGUGGCACAGCGAAUAACGGCGGAGCUCAAGCGCUACAGCAUUCCCCAGGCCAUCUUCGCACAGCGGAUCUUGUGUCGGUCCCAGGGAACCCUGUCUGACCUGCUGAGGAACCCUAAACCCUGGACUAAACUCAAGUCUGGCCGUGAAACCUUCCGGAGGAUGUGGAAGUGGCUGCAGGAACCCGAGUUCCAGAGAAUGUCGGCGCUCAGACUAGCAGGUGAACAGACCUACGCCUGCAAGCGCAAGGAGCAGGAGCAUCACAAAGACCGCAACAUGGUGCCCAAAAAGCAGCGGCUGGUCUUCACGGACCUGCAGCGCCGCACACUCAUCGCCAUCUUCAAGGAGAACAAGCGCCCGUCCAAGGAGAUGCAGAUCACCAUCUCCCAGCAGCUGGGCCUGGAGCUCAACACUGUCAGCAACUUCUUCAUGAAUGCCCGGCGCCGCUGCGUGGACCGCUGGCACGACGAGCACAGCACCAGCCCCGGCCAGCCGGGCACCUCGGCCACCACUUUCUCCAAGGCCUGAGAUGCCCGGGGGGAGCCACGGGGUGGCAUUGGGAUGGGGAGGUGGUACCUCCUGUAUCCCACUUCGUUCCCAAUAACCAUGUUGAUGCCUCCUCAUUCGUGCCAUGCAACCAUGUCUUGGUCAGUCGUAACUGUAACCACCACGAUCCUGAACAUCUCACCACUGGACUGUUAUGAAGCAAGUGAAACGUAAAGGUAACAUGUAGUCAGGUCCACACAAGGACAAUCAUUUGUUUUUCGAUUGAAUCAGCUUUCUGUUGAUGGUUUCAGUCCAUUUACACUACAGACACAAUGAUAUGUUGCUUUGUUUAAACAAUCUCAAAAUCAAGCCUCUGCCAGCCUCCCUAUCCAGGUAGUUGGUACUGAAUCCCUCCCAGCACUCCCCUUUGUGUCUGCUACUCUGAGUCUCUCCUCACAUCUCUCAUCUCUCCACAAAGCAAAAAGGACAGAAGAACGGCAAUAAACAUGACAGCACACAGCCCUGUGAUCCUACCCAGUACUGUGCACAAGGCCAUCCUGGAAAAAACAACACAACCCCGUUGAAAAAACAAAAGCUCAACCUCUCAUUUCCUCUCCUCCCUCUAUCCACUCCUUCUUCGCCAAAGGUAUUCCCUAAUGGCCAGCCAUUUCAGCGAGCCACUCGAAUCAUACUCUGGCAAACUAAUGAAUCGAAAAAUGAAUCGAUGCAGACAGGGAGAGGGAACGGGGCUUUGACCCUUCUUGAAGGUGAAACAGAAGACGCUUGGCAAUAAAGAUACUCAGAUCUGCCCGGCAGCCUAGGUCUAUAUUGUUGCACAGAUGUUGGAGGCCUGCAGGGAGACUUUCAUUGCUUGGGAGAAGCAGAAGUGUCUGUCGGGGAGGUGAGGGAGCGAUACGCCUGGACAUGCUCUUUGUUCAGGAGGGAGCUGCUUUUCACUGAUCAAUACAGAAACCAAGCGACAACACGGCCAGGCAGGCGACAAGCGAACAGCAUUAUAGCUGCUGUAUAGAAUGUAAGAAGAGCACAUGGAACCCAGUGGAGGUGGCGACACAAUGGCCUAACAGCUGCCCAGUCUGCUCUGCACAUAAGGUGCCCUAGUGCCCCCUGCUGGUUAUAAGAGUAAGCUGCAGCCAGCAGUCCUCUAGGAAAGGCCUUACGUGUGUUCCAGGGCUGGGGAGAGAGAGGCCAUGGCACAUGUUCAGGCCCUCGCAGAUCUCUGAAGGCAGAUCAAUAGUGAGCCAUUAUCCUAUUGUUGUUCCUCAUCCAUCGAGGACUGGUGAAGUAGGAGGAGGGGGAUGGUUCAAGAAGCACCCACUACCCUGGAAAAUAGAAGUCAGGUUUUUAGCAAACACUCCAAAUACGUUACCACUCCAAAUAGAUGGCCUUGUGUCACAACCCACACGCUAGGGUAUUGAAAGGUACACACAGAAACACAUACAGCUGAUAUAGAGAUAUGUCUCAGUUUCAUUUAGUGGACAGAGGGGUAAUGAUGGAUCCAGAAACAUUUGAGGUGCUACAGAGAUUUAGCUUCACAUCAUCAUUUAUGCAAAAAUGGUGAGGAGGUUUCCUGUUUUGAAACAUCUCAAAUUACACACAGUUUAGAUGCAUUAUCCGUCUGUUACCAAAAAUAAUGAUCAGCAGAUUUGGAAAAGAGCAAAUUUCCCUCUGGAUAUUCCCACACAAUGGUUAUUAUCUGUGGCUAGCCAUCACACACUACAGUCACAAAUGCUACAAGAACUAGUGCCAAUGCUAACUGCCUUAAUGAUAAUCAGAGAAUAUGGUACUGCAUUCACACACAGCUACAGCGUACCCUACUCAUAAUGAUGGGCAGUACGUACCAUAGCAACCAACAAUCAACUUUUAAGUGAAUUAGAAUCUACUUUUUUAGAAAACGAAAAGUUAACCAGAUUUUAAGGCAUACAAUACCAAACCUCAAAACCACAAAGAUACCACAAUAUGUGUAACAAAGACAAAUCCACCAACACAUACUGGACACAUUUUUGAAACAGAGGAAAAUCUCUCUCUCUCUCAUUCUAUCUUUGGUUCUCUACCCCCUCUUCCCCAUACCCCUCUUCCCUCUCUUUCUCUCUUUCUCUCUUUCACUUUAUAAUAAUGAUGCGGGUAAUUAGUACCAUAGACACAAAGUUUCUCUUUCUUGUUACUUCUGUGCUCUGUUGUGCAUAAGUAAGGCACCUUGUUGAUAAAUCAAAAAAAGACAAAUUAAAGGACUUUUUAAAAGAAAAAAAAGAGGGAUGUGUGGACCUAGACCAAUGAAGGACAUCGUUUUUUUUGCAUUAUAUGUGAAUAUUGACAAGGAAGAGACAUUUCCCAAGACAAGGAGAAAGCAGGGAGAUGGACGGUGUAUUCUUCAUGCCGUUACAUGUCAGGGCUGCGGUCUGUACUUCAGCACCUUGUUAAUCUGAGCCCCAAAAACGGGCUGUGAAAAGGGGACACAACAUGACCUCCACAUGUCCUUGCUGAUUGUAUGUGUGUAUGGGGAGGGAGGGAUGCAGGUUAAAGGGGAGUUAGAACAUGGAUGUUAUCGGUGGGGUCUUAAAAUGCAACUGUAGCAUUUCCAACAAUGUAGUUAGAUUAACUGUGCAGAAUAGAUAAGACACUUUGAUAGUUUGAUAGAACGGCUCUAAACUCGCUUUGCUAUAAGCAGUGAGUUUAAAGUCUCGAACGAUGAGAAAAAUUGAUUUGUGGUACACAGUUCAGCAAGGGCAGAAUUCAGCUCUAUGUACGUGGCUGAAUAAAUGACCUUUGUUUGUAGUGAGAACCAAUGUGGCUACCUCACUGAGCUGAGUGGUUUGUGAAACCGCCACAAAUACCAAAGAUUACUCCAGCCUGCCAGUCCCAUGCUACCCGGGGGACACACACCAAAAAGAGCCCCCCUCUACCCCAACGUUGUUACAGACAGACACACUGACACACAAACAGACACCCUGACACACUCAUACCGUAAAUGUACAGUGCAGUCAGGCUGCAUUGUACCACAAAGGAGGAGGUGGCUACCAUGCAGAUAGAGUUGAGUGCCUUUUUUCUUCAACCACAGGUGGGACUGCUCUGGACA